GGUGGGCAUGCGCGUUUAAAACAAACUAUGAGGUUUACAUUUUCGAGUCCCUCAAUACUUGUUUAGCGCUCGUUGUUGGAAUUUAUCAAUUAUUAAUAUUUAAGUAAUACAGUAGCGAACAGGUUUUUAUAGUGUGGCCCUUUCGUACUAUGUAGUUUUUCUAAGUGGACGUUUUAGUUUUGCUUGGUUUACCCUAAGAAAAUGUCAUGAACUAACAUCAAAUAAACACUUUGUCACCGCGUGAGACAUCAGCUAACCGCUUCCGGCUUUGGCACAUCGUUCUUUGCUCCACUGUAAACAUGGAUUUGGGCUUGCAAGUCAGUCAUUUAUGUGUAGGUUUUACGUGGUUAUUUCCAGUCUUUCUUCUUUCUUCUGCUGGAAGAAUGAAAAUUGUGGAAGAGCCGAACACAUUUGGGUUGAACAAUCCAUUUAUAUCUCAAACAAACAAACUGCAGCCUAGAGUCGAGCCUUCUCCUGUUUCAGGCCCUCUCCAUUUGCACAGACUUUCUGGAAAGUGCUUCAGUCAUAUUGAAACAACGUAUAAGUAUGAAUUUUGUCCAUUCCAUAACAUCACACAGCAUGAGCAGACCUUCCGAUGGAAUGCUUACAGUGGAAUACUGGGAAUCUGGCAAGAAUGGGAAAUUGAAAAUAACACUUUUGUUGGCAUGUGGAUGAGAGAAGGAGACUCUUGUGGUAUGAAGACGAGGCAAACCAAGGUGCUCUUAAUGUGUGGAAGAAGCAACAAGCUGAUUAAUGUCUCAGAACCAACUACCUGUAUUUAUUCUGUAACAUUUGAAACACCUUUGGUCUGCCACCCACACUCCUUGCUAGUUUAUCCAACAUUGAGUGAAGCCUUACAAAGGAAAUGGGACGAUGCUGAGCAGGCAUUGUACGAAGAACUCAUUACUGAGCAGGGAUAUAAAAAAAUACUGAGAGAGAUUUUUGAAGAAGCUGGCUACCAAAAAAAUUCAAAAGAACGUGACACCAAACCAGAAGAUGGUGAAAAGAAGAAAGCAAAGGAUUUUGAAACUAUGGAAAAAUGCAGAGAUGAGCUCACAAAACUGUCGGGAGAAGUACAAAGGUUGCAAGAUUUGUUGAGUAAACAUGGCAUCUCCUAUGAAAAGCAAUCAGAAACUACUGGCCAUUUGAACAGCAGUCAGAGUGUCACAAGUCCAUCAGCUACCAUCACUUUGAAACAAGACAAACACCUUCGAGGUGACACAGGCAUACAUAAUGAUAUCCACUGAAAACAGAGUUUUCAAAAGAUCUACCAUCUUUUUUUUCCCUCGAGAUGUCAUGGUACUCUUUAGAAUAAGGAGCAUAUUCAUGUGCAAAAAUGAAAGUGAACAUACAUUUCUGGUGGCGUAUUAUGUUGGUGAUUGGUAUACUGGGAAAAUACUGAACAACAGUCUGUCUUAUAACUGCAGCAGCAACCAGAGGCCUUGUUUUGAGGUUUGACUGGCUAUGGAAAGGUGGAAACAUGCAACAAGAGAGGAAAUGUGCAAACAUGCAGCAAGGGGGGAAAUGGCAAAUAGAUGCAGAAACUAACUUAAAACAGACUGUGUUGAAAACCUAACAUAUGUAGACAGAAAAUGUAAUUCACUGUAGGGGAGGAGAGAGAGCUCUCUUGAAAAAGUGCUUUUCCAGUGCAUGGGAUAUUGAGCUUGGUCAGAAUUCCAGUGCUUCAUAGAGGAAUUUCUUAAAUUGCCACCUCUGUCCAAGGAGAGUUUGAUGACAAGUGAAUUAAGCAGGUGUCAUGAGCAUUCAGAAGCUAACAUUGUAUUUUAACUAAAAUUUGGUCUAAUAAUGUUACUCCCUCUUCCAAAAAAGAACUACACGCACACUGUCAACAUUAUGAAUUUCUUUCUUCUAAAUUUGCCAUUUGUCUGCCUUUUUAGCUUGCUGAAGAUAUUUGUAGGAUGGGACUGACCUUGAAGAAUGGAAUAUACUAAUGUUAAUGUGUUAUGUGGUGUAAAUUUAUUGAUUAUAGUUUAUCAUUUGUCUGUAUAAUGACAAUAGUAUUUCAUGUCUGUUGUAUUUAUUGUUACUACCAUUGUCAUACUGCUAGUUUUUUUUUUAUUUCAUAAACUAUUUUUCCAACAGG